GUGACGCUCAGUGACGAGUAACACCUAUCACAGAGCUCCAGAUCACCUAGUAAGAUCUGUUCAGUCCACAUUACUCAUUUUGCACCAAAGUGCCGAAGAGCGCUUCGGAAAACGGCCCUCAUUGGAAGAGCCGAUCAGUCUGAGUUCUCGCUUUCCAGACUUUCCUAGAGAUAUGUGCUGACUAGCAGGCCCACUUGUGCGGUAUAGAGGACAAGCAGUACCUUACAAAAUGGGAUUUGGGAGUGACCUGAGGAACUCACAGGAAGCUGUGUUAAAGUUGCAAGACUGGGAAUUACGGUUGCUGGAAACAGUGAAGAAAUUUAUGGCUCUGAGAAUAAAAAGCGAUAAGGAAUAUGCAUAUACUUUACAGAAUCUUUGUAAUCAAGUUGAUAAAGAAAGUACUGUGCAGGUGAAUUAUGUCAGUAAUGUAUCCAAGUCUUGGCUACUGAUGAUUCAGCAGACGGAGCAGCUUAGUAGGAUAAUGAAGACCCACGCCGAGGAUCUGAACUCUGGGCCCUUGCACCGGCUCACCAUGAUGAUCAAGGACAAGCAGCAGGUGAAGAAGAGCUACGUAGGCAUUCACCAGCAGAUAGAGGCGGAGAUGAUCAAGGUCACAAAGACAGAAUUGGAGAAAUUAAAAUCCAGCUAUCGACAAUUAAUAAAAGAAAUGAAUUCUGCCAAAGAGAAAUAUAAAGAAGCCUUAGCCAAAGGGAAGGAGACAGAGAAGGCCAAGGAGCGCUAUGACAAAGCCACGAUGAAGCUCCACAUGCUGCACAAUCAGUAUGUGCUGGCCCUGAAGGGCGCCCAGCUGCACCAGAGUCAGUACUAUGACACCACACUUCCUCUGCUGCUGGACUCUGUGCAGAAGAUGCAAGAAGAAAUGAUAAAGGCACUAAAAGGUAUAUUUGAUGAAUAUAGCCAGAUAACCAGUCUUGUUACAGAGGAAAUAGUGAAUGUUCAUAAAGAGAUUCAGAUGUCCGUCGAACAGAUAGACCCUAGCACAGAAUAUAAUAAUUUUAUAGAUGUUCACAGAACAACAGCUGCUAAAGAACAAGAAAUUGAAUUUGAUACUUCCUUAUUAGAAGAAAAUGAAAACCUCCAGGCAAAUGAGAUCAUGUGGAAUAAUUUAACAGCAGACAGUUUGCAAGUGAUGUUGAAGACUUUAGCAGAAGAGCUCACGCAGACACAACAGAUGCUUUUACACAAGGAGGAGGCUGUCCUGGAGCUGGAGAAGAGGAUUGAAGAAUCUUCUGAGACCUGUGAAAAGAAGUCUGACAUUGUGCUUCUUCUGGGGCAAAAACAGGCACUUGAGGAGUUGAAACAGUCAGUCCAGCAGCUGAGAUGCACUGAGGCAAAGUGUGCAGCACAGAAAGAAUUACUGGAGCAAAAAGUACAAGAAAAUGAUGGGAAAGAACCGCCUCCUGUAGUGAAUUACGAAGAAGAUGCGCGAUCGGUCACAUCAAUGGAACGAAAGGAGAGGCUAUCCAAAUUUGAAUCUAUUCGUCAUUCAAUUGCUGGAAUAAUUAGGUCUCCAAAAUCGGUACUGGGCUCAUCAACACUUUCUGACAUGAUCUCUAUGAGUGAGAAGCCCCUGGCGGAACAUGACUGGUAUCAUGGUGCAAUCCCUAGGAUAGAGGCCCAAGAGCUUCUGAGGCAGCAAGGAGACUUCCUGGUACGCGAGAGCCAUGGGAAACCUGGUGAAUAUGUCCUUUCCGUGUACUCAGAUGGCCAGAGGAGGCACUUCAUCAUCCAGUUUGUCGAUAAUCUCUAUCGGUUUGAGGGCACUGGGUUUUCAAAUAUUCCUCAGCUUAUAGAUCACCACUUCUCAACAAAACAAGUCAUCACCAAGAAGUCUGGGGUGGUUCUUCUGAAUCCUAUUCCUAAGGAUAAGAAAUGGAUUCUCAAUCAUGAAGAUGUUACAUUGGGAGCACUAUUGGGCAAGGGGAAUUUUGGUGAAGUAUAUAAGGGCACACUGAAGGAUAAAACCGCAGUCGCUGUUAAAACAUGCAAGGAAGAUCUUCCUCAGGAACUAAAAAUAAAGUUUCUACAGGAAGCCAAAAUUCUCAAGCAAUAUGAUCACCCCAAUAUUGUCAAACUUAUAGGCGUGUGCACACAAAGACAGCCUGUCUACAUCAUUAUGGAACUGGUCCCAGGGGGUGAUUUCCUGUCCUUUCUGAGGAAGAGGAAGGAUGAACUGAAGCUCAAGCAGCUAGUGAGGUUUUCCUUGGAUGUCGCUGCUGGCAUGUUGUAUCUCGAGAGCAAAAACUGUAUACACAGGGACCUGGCUGCAAGAAACUGCCUGGUAGGUGAAAAUAAUAUUCUGAAAAUCAGUGAUUUUGGAAUGUCUCGGCAAGAAGACGGCGGAGUAUAUUCAUCUUCCGGCUUAAAGCAGAUUCCGAUUAAAUGGACAGCACCAGAGGCUCUUAAUUAUGGGAGAUACAGCUCUGAAAGUGACGUGUGGAGCUUUGGCAUCCUCCUGUGGGAGACCUUCAGCCUAGGAGUCUGUCCGUACCCUGGAAUGACAAACCAGCAGGCCCGGGAACAGGUGGAAAGAGGAUACCGGAUGUCGGCCCCACAGAACUGUCCAGAAGAGAUUUCUAAAAUCAUGAUGAAGUGUUGGGAUUAUAAGCCUGAGAACCGCCCUAAAUUCAGCGACCUUCUCAAAGAGCUCACUGCCAUCAAGAAGAAAAUCACAUAAUGCCAGCAAGGGCCAGAAUCCACCUAUGAGACUCUGUCCUCAGCCACCCGACUUCAUACCACCUUACUACAGCUGUCCUUGCAGGUUAUGUUUUUUAUUAACUGGGUUUUUAAAAGUCUGUUCCACUUUAAAAUAUGUUAAAGGCAAAUUUAUUCAAGAAAUAAACAGUCCUACCCAGGGCCAUCUUAGCUAACCACAGAACCCUGCUGUUUGAGGCCACUGUACAGAGAAAAGCACAGGCCUAACUGAGAAGAUAAAAGGCCUGUGUUUUCCUGCCUGGGACCAUUGAUGUCCCUCCAAGGUCUUCUCCUUGAGGCACAGCCCGUGGGCUUCUGCUGCAGGCCCUCCUCAGUCGGUGCUAUAAACAGCUUUGGUAGCACAGGCUCGCAGGAUGCCUUCCCGCCACUGUGGGCUUUCUCCUCUGCCAAGGCGAGAUUGUAUCUAUAAAUAUAAUCAUAUAUUGGGAAUUACUUGGACCUCCUAGGGUUUUUCUUUUCUUUCCUGUCAGAACAAGCCCAGUGAGAACAUCACACUCCUGUGUUAUUUUGUCUUUUACCUCCUCAGUCAGGCUGCAGAAAGUAGUGUGUGGAAAAUUCCCAGAGGGCACACAGGGUGGAGGCAGCUGCUUCUGCAGGAGACUGCAGAGGACAGGGCUGGCAAGAGACAUGUGUGACUAGGAAGGCAGGCUGGGAAAUAGCAGCUAGCCAGUGCCCAACAGGGAGAAGACAAAACAGCCGGCUAUCCCUCCAGAUUUGCACCUUUAUAAUACACUGUGUCUGUAGUCUGAAUUUCCUAACAAGGCCUAAGAAAUCUUUCAGGAUCUCCUAGAGCUCAGUGGAAACUUUCUUAGAGAUACUGAGGUCCACAGAAGGCACAGCAUGAUGAUAAUCAUGUGUCUUCAUCCUCGGGGACAGUCCCAGAAUGGAGUUUCCUUUCUUUGUACCAGUUUCUGACCCUUCAGAGCCCAUGGUUCAUAUGUCCAGACACAUCCACAUACACCUACUGAAGAGUACUGUGGCUAAGGAUGAAAUAGAUGGGUCAGAAAACAAGGACUUUUAAUGAAGAAAAGCCCUAGGGAUGCCCACACUUCCGUCCCCUCUUUACCUUCCUGAUAGCUCACAGGUAUGCAAGCAGGCUCAUCAUUAAAGAUGUCUUCGGCCUAUCAAGUAUACAGCAGUUAAAACUAGGAUUUGGUUGAAGUGAAUCUUAACUGUGUCCAGGGAACUGCCCCAUGAUCUAUCUACAGUUGUCUCAGGAUCAGUGUGUCUGGGAGAUGGUCUCACUCAGGGGAAGAUGUGGCCCAGAAGUCUUCACUAAGCCCUCAGGCCUCUGUUCAGACAGACAUCACCUUAGGGGUUCCUUGACAUGUGUUGAAGAGCUUGUGAGACUGAAAGUUCGUCCCUUCCCUUCCGGGCAGCGUAGAGCAUAGACCAGACUCUAACUUUCAGAGGAGGCCACUGCAGAGGAGAGUGACUCUACCCAUCAUUCCAACCUCCUUGCUCACUUUCUACACAUUUAAAGAUCAUACAUGCAGACUAAAGUAAAGACUGUGUGCGCCUGCCCUCAGCAGUACACUGCCCCACACAGAGCAGCCCUAUCACAGCACGGCGCUCCCGCAGGUCAGACACUGCUAAAGCAGAGCGCGCUUUUAAUGGCACCUACCAUGGAAACUCAAGCGCAGACUCCAGAAUUCAGAUUCAGCGCUGUGCUCUCCAGGCAUCUGCCAGCCCUCAGAAGGAGAUAAGACGUUCCCUUUCAGGAUUUCCAAGUCAGUCCGCCUAUAAUACAAAUUUUGUCUAUGAAAAAGAAAGAACCACCUCUCAGCACUGCUCUCCCAGCCAGGGAAAGGAGACUGGCUUGGCUCGAACUCUGUGAACAAGACCCGAAGCUUAAUUCUUGCAUUCUGCUGGAAAGAGAACAUGGCAUUGAUAAUUUCACUCAUCUAGGCUGUUGGGAUUUGCAAUUCACAUCAUAACUCUUUGCUUAAAUUAAAAAAGCUUUUCAAAACAUCUUGACAUCUGCAGCAUUUAAAUUCUAUUUUAUUCUUUGUCCCAGAACAGGCAGAGGUACAGUUUAAGAUUAACUCAUUGGGAGCCUUUCAGGAUCAUGUCAGUCGUAUAGAAUAUUAAAUUUAACAUAGGCGCAUGCAUUAAGAAAAGCUUAUGCAAAACAUUCUUACUGUUAAUUUUGUUAUGCUCAAAGCAUAAUUUAUUCAUCCCUUCUGUCACUGAUAAUUAUUGGAAUUAUGUACUUUAGGAGGCUAAUCCGUACCCAAAAAGUGCACAUAUAAAUACAGUUCUGAUUUGCAAGUUGAUUUAGGGAAAAGAGGCUGCAGACAUGCACCAAAUUCCAGGAUUUGUCUUGUUAAAUAAUAAUAGUAAACAGUGCAGCCCAAAAUUCCCACUGGUGUGGAUAGGCUUGAGCCUGGCCGCAAGCCUUUAUUUUACAAAUGGAUUCUCCAAGAGUUGCUGAUAGCCCUGCUCAUGGCUACACUCAGCAUUCCUUCAGUUUAGCUGUCUGGGCGUGAAGGAGAAGGCCAUAAACUUAGCAGUCUGACUUUCCUUCUGCCUUUUCCUACGUUGAAUCACAAGAAGCCUUCAUUAGAAAUGAGUAGUUCAUUGUUUUUUAAAGAAGGGAACUUGUCUGCCAAAUUGGCAUCUUUGUGUAUUCUGUGUGACCUAAGCUUUCUUCUCAAAGCCAUUUUUUAGGAAAACCGUAAGUGAAUUGUGAUGCUUUCUUUCAGCCCCUCCCGCUACAAGGUCCACAGGGAGAUGCCCCAUGUGAUUUCUUUCUCCUUUUUCCAAGACAACAGGGACAGUAGAGUUAGUUCCCCGGCACAGCUGGCCCCUUCUCAGACAUCAGUACAGCCUGGAGUUAGUCAAUGGGCAUCUCACAGGUGGUUCCACUGCUGAGUUGUUUGGGAACAGAAUUUCUUAUGACUGAGAUUGUAUUAGUUUCCUUUGGAGCCCCUAUUUCUGUUCACUAGCCCCCCUGACCAACUCUACAGCGCUGGUACCAAGACUGUUGUUAAGCAAGUAUUUUGGUUGCAAUAUGUGCUACACCCUGGGACUCAGGGAGUGAGAAGACCGGCUGCAGUCACAGACUGCAGUGAGAAAUGAGAAGACUUCUCACUUCUGCAGACUGGAGUGAGAAGACCGGCUGUGUGUCAUGGUCUGGGGAGUCUGAGGCAUAGCCUUCAUGGUCCAUGCGAUUAUCCUGAUGUACCAUAUGUCCUUGAUGCAAGAGUGACAUCUGAAAGGGGCUGUCUGCCUGAGCCCCCUUCCUCCAGCCCACUCCACCUGUCAUGCCGUCGACAUCCUUCAUGUCUCUUGACAGCAGAUGCGAUUGUCACGGGGAGAUCAGAGCCCUCAUAUAAACCAGCACCAGAACCGAAAGAGAGCUGCAGAGACGCUCUAUGUGCCGUUAUCUUCAGUAGAUGGAAUCAAGGUUUUAUAUGACAUGAAAUCCAUCGUUAAAGCGGCGUGAGACUUUACUAUCAAAAAUAUUACCUCUUAUUAACUGAUUUACUCUAAAUAUCACUAUUUUAAAUUAGAUUUUUUACUUUAUAUUUUUCUGGACUUACUAGUUUCAUAUCAAGUGUGACUGUGUACUAUGUAUCACUCAUUUCUGUAUAAGAAAAGACGCUGAUUUCAAAGCCAGCAAGAUCACCCUGCAAGGAGUUACUGAUACAGACGUCAUAAAAUGUCCCUUUGAAAGUCACAUUCUAAUACAGAUGGUCAGUCAACUAUAUAUCACUGCCCUAAGUCAGUUUGAGAAAUGCACCGUCACCUCCACAAACCACCCCACUGCCCUCCACUGAUUCAAAGAUUGAAUUCAGGACUGCCCUUAGAAACACUCUAUCCUGACAGGCAUGAAGAUUCUGGGACAGCAGGGGAAAACCUGCUGUGAUAUUCUUCAUUCCUUUACAGUGCCCAAGGGUAAUGGGCAGGGUGCAGCAGGUCUGCCAGUGAGCUGCCUAGCCGUGCAGGGAGGCAAAACGGGAAAGAACCAGUUCCCUGGAGCAGCAGGAGAAAGUGGACAAGACAGAUAAUGCCCCUUGAAGUCUAAGGAAACUGCCAGGUGUCAGACCGUUCCCACAAAACCCAGAACAGAUCAACAGCCCCAAAGCUGCAGAAGAGCCCACCCCAGUGCCAGGGCCACUCCCUGCAGCAGGAACUGCUUGGCACCUCCCAGAGCUGACACUGAGCCAGGUUAUGUUCCACGUGGUCCCCUGUGCUCGGUCCUGAAGGAGAGGAGCCAAAGCCUCUACAUUUGCACUGUUAUCAAUGCCAAAACAUUCGUGGCAAAGGCCACUAGUUCUUCACAUCUCAUUAGAUAGCUUUUUUUAUGCAGUAGAAGCUAAUUCCUAAAUGAGAACAUACUGACAUCAUCUUGUGACACCUUUGACCACUAAUAAGUAACUCCAUGGUUCCUGGAGUUCCCUGCUGAGGGGCCCUGCUGUGCUGUGCUGUAUGAAGGGAAACAAAGCAGCCUGGGAAGCUGGAAAAGUAGCCAUGUUUGUUGACUUUACCCUGGUAGCAAUUAAGAGAAGGAGAAAAAUAGAAACAUUCUGAGGCCAAGCACAGGGCAGUGGGGUAAGGGAUUGGGCUUCCAGCAAAGGCAUCUGGGAAGACAGAGGACAGUGAAAACAUCAGAGAGACCCACAGAAACAUCCAAAGAUAACACCCCUUCAGUCUCCACAGAAUGUCUCCCCUCCCGUCUGCCAUGCCAGGCCCAGGAAGGCCCAGGAAGGCCAAGAGCUGCAGCUUUCCGUACUCGGUUUUGACUGCUGGCUGCUAUCCUUUCUCAUCUUCGGCUUUGCAAAGUUUCUCUUUACCAGAACAGAAAAGCCUUAAUUGUUGGCUUAUAAACCCAAGAGUUCUUCUCAGGACUUCCCUGCCUUACAGGAAGUGCAGGCCUCUUUUGAGAAGCCCAAGCACACAGUGAGCCUAUGAAAGGAGGCGACCAGUGGAGAUGGCACCGUUAGGCGGCAGGUAUGCUGUAUGAGCGGCCUUAUCAGCAAAGACUUGGGGACUUUUUCUAAGGACAUCAAGACCACUGUGAGUGGACGUGUCCAGGUUAAAGGUUUCCUUAUUGUCUUGAGCUAGCAAACUGUCCUCCUGCCCCCAAAGAAAUUGUGGGACAGAAUACUCCACAGUAGGCCCUGGACAUCCACACACUACUCCAGGCUAAUUCCUACCCCUCUAAUCCCUCCUUAAGAGCAAUAUUUAAGUUAUUCAAGUUACAUCAUGUUAAGUGGUCUUCCAAAGCUUCAACUAAGAGGGCACGAUGAGGGUUCAAAGUAAGCCAGUCUGCCUUACUAGGCACCCCAGAACAUUGUACGAAGACAUCAGUUCUCCUCGUAGCUUCCCAGAGUAUCUCCCUUCCUAGAAAACCAGACAUUGCCACUUUCCCUGUUUGCUGGGAAUUUCUGUAGCAUCAGAUAAGUAGGCUGUAAAAGCCACCCAGCAGAUGCUAGACUGUCCCAGUAAGAAAGCCAGGUGUCUGCCUGUAACCACCAGAGCAAACAACAGAACCCCAUAAGAGACACGCCUCAGGCACCUGUGAGCGCAGCAAAAACCCAAGAAUGAAAAGAGAAGUUGCCCGUGAAUCCAAGCCCCUGUUCCUAUUUUCCUCGCGAAGCACUUGUCAAAUCACCCUGAGGUGUUCGAUUUUCCUGACAAUCACUGCAGAGCAAACAGUGAGCCCCUGUGUUCAAACCCUCAGGGGCUACGAGGGACUUAGACCGCUGUUAUUAUUGAUACUGUUUUAGCUCUCCAUUCCAUGCCUUUUCUUUUUUAAGGGUUUCCUCUUACAAAGAAUUUGGUGGGAAAACUUGCUUGCCAGCUCCUAAGAUAAUGCUAGACUUGUUAGCGUGUACAAACAUGGUAGCAGGCACCAAGCUUGAUCCUCACCCAGAGGACUGUGGUAAAUCAGCCACGGGGUACUGCGGGGCCUGUCCCAUGCUAGUUAAAGAACAGCAAUCAGAAGAGCUACACGAAGAACAGCACAGUUCCACCAUGAGAGAAUUUUCCAUCACUCUUCAGAUCCUGGGCAUCGCACAGACACGGUACGCAGGAUGUGAACACAUCCCAACGGAGCUCGCUUUUUAUUUGCUGUCAAUGGGAUGGUUUCCUCCAGCUUCAACAGGCUACUCUAGGUAGGCUUCACAAGCAAGUGGCUCUGAGCAUCAAAUCAAACAUAAAAGAAGCUCAUUUAGUUCAAAUUCAGGGUCAAAGUGGCCAGAGACACAAAAUACCCUUUGUCUGCUGGAAUUUCACUUCAUUAACACAGUGUCUGUUGCCCAGCUUUAUCAUGUGAUACAAGCUGUCCGUGUGGGCAUAGUUCUUGUGGGACAGCUCCAUCUUCCUCCUUCAUAGACCACCAAGACUGCCUGACGAAUCAGCUUCUUGAGUCAAACACCUCUAGAUCUUUAACUGCCCAUAGGUUUUAGGUUUGUGUUCAGUGUAAAUGAUUGAGCAGCCAGGGACAGCGGGGACAAACACUGGCACACACUCUGUUCACUUUGAGCCAUAGUUUGUGUCUGAGUUUUUUUAGUCUGGUCCAAGUGCUUUGGUGCUCUAGAAUACCAGAACUCUCCAAAAGCAUAACUAUGCAAGCACAUCAGGUUUAAAGAGAAUACAAGAGAAUGAAAGUUAGCAUCAGAGACACACAAAUACUCUGACUUCUUCAGGAAUCCAAGCAGACUGAGCACAAAAAGAAAACCCAUCACACUCAAUGGGUGCCCAGGCCAUGCAACUACUGUGGGCUUUCAGCCCGCCCCCCUAUUUUCCCAGCACAGAGAGCAGGAGCAGAAAUACAGUUUCCUGAGUUGCUUUCUCUGCUUGUUACUUGGAGAUGAUCUCAGUGUUGAGGGAGCAGGGCUGCCCUCAGCCACCUGUUGUCUAAGUGUCCCAUCUGCAAGCGUCAUUGUGAACCAAUCACUCCUGUGGUUGGUUCACAGUUUUCUUGGGCGCCAGUGUAUGGCCAUUUUAUUACCAGGUUAAAGCACCUUUAGUCUUUUUUGUUUUAAAAUAAUAUAUUUGUGAAGUGGAUAAAAGAAACACUGGAAAUAGGGUGCUUCUGAAAAUAUCAAGUAUGAAACAUAUGUUCAAGGUCCACGGAGGCUUUUCUGGCUUUGUAAACAAUUCUGAAAAUGGAUGACAGCUACGCGUAUGAAGCAGUCAGCUGUCUACCUUUGGUCGUUUGUAUCUCAAAUCUGUAUUUAACACGUAUUUAUUUGUUAUAUUUUGCAUUCAGAAGAAAUACACUUUGAAUUUUGGCUAACAUCACAGAAUGUUCCAAAAAUUGCCUUCUACAUUUUUUAAAACAGACUCACCAUUUUUGUAAAGUUGGGCCAUUUUGGGGGUACAGCCUUCUUUUCUCCUGCCAGAGACCUGCUCCCAUCCAUUGGUCUGCAGGGCCUUUUCACUGUGUUCUUGUAAUAAUGUAAAAUAUUUACAGCAAACUG